AAUGAAACGUCAAAUGUGACAAGCACAGCAGAUACCGAAAGAAAAAAAACAUUGGAACCAACAUUUCGUAAACAUUCAACACAUUUCCUCCUUUUUCACGAUAUUAAACGCAAAAGAUUGCGUGAACGGACAGUGUUAACAGCACGGAACCGAAUGUAAACAGGGGGCUUUCCAUUUUCCCGCCUCACACUUGAUAGCAAUAACGAGUUAGAAAGCAUGGGAGCACCGAUAGUGCUCGUCCUCUCGACGGACGAGUCCGUCAAGCCGGAAAGUGUUAUCGAGCGCAUUCGCAAGCUUCCGAACAGUGAGGAUCAAAUCAAGCUCAGCACAGAGCCAUCGGAAUGUAUCGGGUACGGGUAUCAAAUACACACCAAGUAUUACGAUACCAAGGUGAUCCUGUAUGCACACGGUUCCGCCGAGCUGGCCACAGUUUCGAAUGCAAUACUGAAACGGACGGAAGGAAUAUUGAUCUACUUCGACGCCAAAGAUCGUACGUUCCUCGAACGGCUUCCAGCGUACAGCACCUUUGUCCAGCAGCACGAGAUCGAGUUCGGCAUUCUGCUCUGCUCGACGCUGCAGGAAAGCAGUGCCGAUGGUAUUACGUACGGUGAGGCGAAAAGCCAGUGUACCGUGCUGGAUGUGAUAGAACUCGAACCGAACGCGGAAGAUGCGGAGGAAGAGGUGGCCGGUGCUGGGGAAGCAACGGGUGUGGACGAAUUGAUCCAAGCGAUGCAUAAUUAUAUCUGGUCCAAUGUGAAUAUACACCGGGGGAAUAGGAACACCGGCGCUACGGAUGAAGAAAGUCCUGGCCUACUGUCUCCGAAUCCGGCCGACGACGGCGACAACGACGCGGAUGCAGCUCCAAUAACCGAGGAAGAGGAGCGCAUAAUCGAAGCCGAACUGAACGGGUUUGAACGACUGCUGACGGAAGUGAUGAACUUCCAGCCAAACACCAGCAACUGGACGCGGAACGAGCGGCUCAUGUACGCGGAAGAGCUGGCCGAAAUGUUCGACAAUCUGGUCGAGGAAGACGAGACUAUCGGGCACACUUAAAAGCAAUUUAGCGCAUCUCUCGUUACGCGUGCAUUCCGCAAUAAGGAACAAGGUUUUGUUUUUGGAGACCUUAAGUAUUCUGUAAGCUUUUCUGUGACAUUUGGUUUUUCCUUAUCUUACGUUGCCCUUCAUUAUUUUCCCACGGGGAACCGAUAACCAGGUCUGUGUUACUAUCGAAAAUAAACCCUUAAGAAUCUGUAACAAAACAGAGAAAAACACAA